AUGCUCGUGGGCAAGCUUCACAAUCACCGCCGUUGGCACAAGGACAAGUACAAACCGCACAACUUGCCGGACAGAGUUUGCGACAUUUGCGGUUUUACGUCAAAAUACCUUGGACGACACAUGGAAAAUCACAAAAAUGAGCGCAAGUACAAGUGCGACAUGUGCGAUAAAAGUUUUAAACAAAAGCGCACUUUAUGCAAGCACAAAUUGGUGCACACUGAUGUGAUUCAGGUUAUGUGCAGUGUUUGCGGUAAAGGAUUUAAAGACAAUUAUAAUUUAAAAGUGCAUUUGAGGUCGCAUGAAAUUAUAAAGCCGUUCCUAUGCGUGAUUUGCCAAAAAACUUUUACAACAAAACAAUCAAGAGAUAAUCAUAAAAAGAAUCAUUAA